AUGGCUACAACAUCCACAAAUUUGAAAGAUAAAAAGGAUCAUCUGAGAAGAUGCCACCCUGAUAAAACAGAGAAAGAUUUUAAAUACUUUCAAACACUCAAAGAUACAUUUCAGAAGAGGCCUACACUGGACAGAAUGUUCGCUUCGACGUCACAAAGAAAUGAUGAUGGUUUGCGGGCGUCUUACAAUAUCUCGUUACUUAUAGCAAAAUCCGGAAAACCGCAUACUAUCGGAGAGAAGUUAAUUUUGCCAGCCGUUGAAGAGGUUUUAAAAACUGUUUUACACAAACCUGCAUCUGAUAUCAUUAAAAGAAUUCCCUUAAGCAACAAUACUGUUGAAAGACGUAUUGAUGAAAUGAGUUCUGAUAUUGAAGCUUCUUAUGUAAUUAUUUGCAAACGACCCAUUUCUCUAUACAACUGGACGAGUCAACUUUACCUGAUAAUGCAGCAAAUCUACGAAGAACUGCUCUUCGCAAGAACUUUGAUAACCGACACUAAAGGUGAAUCAAUAUUUCAUGUUUUGAAGGAUUACUUCAUUGAAAAAGCAAUUCCUUUAUCAAAUAUAAUAUCAGUAGCUACAGAUGGAGCACCUGCCAUGGUUGGACGUUAUCGUGGAUAUAUAAGCUAUUUAAAACAAAAUGUGUCAGGGGUGUUAGCAAUACAUUGCGUCAUCCAUCGACAACAUUUAGUUGCUAAAAAUUUGAGUGUUAGAUUGCAUGAAUCACUUAAUUUAGUCAUUGAUGCAGUAAACCGAAUCAGAAGCAACGCGUUGAAUACGCGGUUAUUUGCGCAGUUGUGUGAAGAAAAUGACGAACACUUUAAUCAAUUACUCCUUCACACUGAAGUACGCUGGCUGUCGAAAGGCUUAUGUUUGACAAGAUUUUUUGCACUUUUUGAGACUAUUUUAGAAUUUCUGGAUACUAAUGAUAAAAUUUUAAAAGAAAAUUUAAUGAAGAGAAAAACAGACAUCGCCUAUUUAACAGAUUUGUUUACAAAAUAUAAUAUGGUUAAUUUGCAAUUACAAGGCGAUAGUGUUAAUUUGAUUAAAACAAAGUCCAUCUUAUCAGCGUUUCUUGCCAGAGUUUAA